GGUGGGACUACCCAAAAAUAAGAAGGUUUUGCAGGGACAAGCACGCCGUGUCAAUUUAAUACGGAAAUAAAAGAUUAAAAAAUACAGAAUAGAAACAAAUGAUUUCUAUUAAAUUUUCGUCUACGACGCCGACGACCCAACAAAAAACCGAGCUCCUCAACUCAAUUCCUCUCUGAAAAGUAAAGAGAGGAAAAGUGAGUUUCCAUUUCCAAUUCUCUGAGUCAGAUUGUCACCAUUUCUCCACCGACCCUUUCCCAUCUCUUCUUCCUCCGUAUUCGUUUCAGCUCAGAAUUCUAUUGAUCAAGUGAGAGAAGAUGUCAGGAGGUGGAACUCAGAACAGCUUGAGGAAGGCACUUGGGUCCAUUAAGGAUACCACCACUGUUUCAUUGGCUAAAAUCAAUAGCGAUUACAAGGAAUUGGACAUUGCUAUAGUCAAGGCCACGAAUCAUGUUGAAAGACCAGCGAAGGAGAAGCAUAUAAGAGCAAGCUCACGUGGUUUCCUAAAUCUUCUUGCAGCUGUUUUCGCUGCUAUUUCCGCUACCAGACCUCGUGCUGAUGUUGCAUAUUGCAUCCAUGUUCUUGCCAGAAGGUUGGCAAAAACGCAUAACUGGGCGGUUGCCUUGAAAACUUUGGUUGUCAUCCAUCGAGCUUUGAGAGAAGUAGACCCUACAUUUCAUGAGGAGCUCAUCAAUUAUGGCAGAAGCAGAAGUCAUAUGCUCAACAUGUCGCAUUUUAAAGAUGAUUCCAGCCCAAAUGCAUGGGAUUAUUCUGCUUGGGUUCGCACUUAUGCGUUGUUUUUGGAGGAGAGGCUGGAAUCUUUUCGGGUUUUGAAGUAUGACAUUGAGACAGAUCGACCAAGGACUAAAGAUCUGGAAACUGCUGAAUUACUGGAGCAAUUGCCAGCGUUGCAGCAGCUUCUUUUCCGUGUCCUUAACUGUCAGCCUCAGGGAGCUGCUGUUAGUAACUUCAUCAUCCGCUUGGCACUCGCAAUGGUUGCUUCGGAAAGUGUCAAGAUCUAUCAAGCUAUAACAGAUGGAACAGCAAAUCUAGUCGACAAGUUUUUUGAGAUGCCACGUGCUGAUGCUGUGAAGGCUCUGGACAUAUAUAGGAAAGCCUGUCAGCAGGCAGAGAGACUGUCGGAAUUUUAUGAGAUAUGUAAAAGCAUGGAUAUAGGGCGUGGAGAACGGUUCAUUAAGAUUGAGCAGCCUCCUGCAUCUUUCUUGCAAACAAUGGAAGAGUAUGUUCGUGAUGCUCCACGUGUCUCAACUGCUCGCAAAGAUCAGGUUGUGGAUAACAAACUUGAAGCACCAAAGGAGGUUUUAGCCAUAGAGUAUAAGAAGGAAAUCGAGGUGAAGGAAGAGGAACAACAUGUGCCAUCACCUCCUCCUCCUGAACCAGUGAAAGAGGAACAACCUCCUGUCGUUCCACCACCUGAUUUGCUGAACUUGGAUGAUCCUGCUACAGUUGCUUCUUCAGAACUUGAUGAGAGAAAUUCCCUUGCCCUGGCUAUUGUCCCAGUGGGGGACCAACAAACUGCUGCUGCACCAACCCAAGCAAAUGGAACUGGUUGGGAACUAGCAUUGGUUACAGCUCCAAGUUCAAAUGAAACUACCUCCGCUGCUAGCAAGUUGGCGGGAGGGCUAGAUAAACUCACAUUGGACAGCCUAUACGACGAUGCAAUGAGAAGGAACAGCCAGCCUACGAGCUACAACCCCUGGGAAGCUGCCGCUCCAAUGAACGGUCCAGUGAUGCAAGCAGCCUCACACGAUCCUUUCUUCGCCUCCAACGGAGUAGCUGCAUCUCAUAAUGUGCAGAUGGCGGCAAUGGCCAACCAACAACAGGCUCUCAUGUGGCAGCAGCAGCAGCAACAGAUGAUGAUGAUGACCACCCCACAAUUCCAACAGCAGGCAAAUCCUUUCGCCAACCCUUAUGGAGCUGCUGCAGUCCACCCCUACGGCUCAGGUAUGCCGCCUCCCGUUCAAGCGUACCAACCAUAUCCAGGAUACCUAUGAGUGGAGGAAAUGCCUGCUUUUUUGUAUAAAGAAUGCACACAUGGAAAGAAAGAGCAUCAUCAUCAUCAUUCAUCCACAGAACAACAUUCCUUCUUUUUUUUGCCUCGUCACAGACCAUCCCGAGUCUUAUCGUGUAUCAUAUUGUUACGUAAUGUGCAGUUGCACGAGUCGUGCGUUAGAUUUGAUGAUUCUUCUGAUUAUUUCUACGGCUAAACGAGGAUUAGAAAUAAUGUUUUUUUUUUUGCCCGAAACUUUGCCUUCGAUGUUGGAGCAUCAUGCCACAUAUGUGUUAGCAGGCGAGUUUCUUUUGUUUUGGGUGAGCUGUUGUUAAUUUCCAGUUAGACACGGUAGAAAGAACCCUAAUCCCACCACCAUUUGUAAGAUCUUGUGAUUAUCUAUCAACCCCAUUUUCACACAAUGAAGAGUCAUUUGAGUUUGGUUGAAACUUC